UGGAACCGGACCCCGCACCGGAAACCGGGCGCCGCUACCUGCACACCGGACCCCGCACCGGCAACCGGGCACCGCUACCUGCACACCGGACCCCGCACCGGCAACCGGGCACCGCUACCUACACACCGGACUCCGCACUCCGGACCCAGGGGCAGCUCGGCAGGGGGCAGGGGGCAUGCAAAGGGGUAAUCCGAGAACAGACGAGGAAACCCAUCAGGGGGAGUUAGAGGGGGAUUAGAGGCAGAUUCCGGGGCACUUCCAGGCGGCACCAGCUCUUCAGACAUGGGCAGAUAAAGCGGAGAACCCAGCGGGAGAUGGGCAGAUAAAGUGACCCGGUGGGUAUGUUCAGGGGCAGAUAGACCGGGCUCUGCACCGGCGGCAGAGGAGGAAUAUUAGCAGCUCCGGCAGCACAUAGGAAAGGGUACUGGGGGUCUGCCCGGGGUGAGCAGGGUGCCCCUAGGUCUGGAUUUGCUGACCCGGCGGCUCUUGCUGAAAAUGCUCUUCUGGCACAGCCAGCCCGAACACUACCACCAGCACCAGGGCGGCGGAUUCCUGCGAGACGUCCUCGCGUUGCCGUUAUUCAAGCAGGAGGAGAGUCAGAUUAACCCCGAGGCCGAUGCCAAGCUGCCCCCGUUCCAGUACGUGUUGUGCGCAGCUACGUCCCCGGCUGUCAAACUGCACGAGGAGACCCUGACGUAUCUCAACCAAGGACAAUCUUACGAAAUCCGCCUCCUCGACAACAGAAAGUUGGGAGAGUUUCAAGAGCUCAAUACGAAAUAUGUCAAGAGCAUAAUCCGAGUCGUUUUCCAUGACCGGCGCCUGCAGUACACGGAACAUCAGCAGCUGGAAGGCUGGCGCUGGAGCCGACCCGGCGACCGCAUCCUUGAUCUCGAUAUCCCGCUGUCCGUUGGGAUAUUGGAUCACAAAUCCAGCCCCACUCAGCUGAACACGGUGGAAUUCCUGUGGGACCCGUUGAAGCGAACGUCGGCCUUUAUCCAGGUUCAUUGCAUCAGCACCGAGUUCACUCCCAGAAAACAUGGAGGUGAGAAGGGAGUCCCCUUCCGGGUUCAGAUCGACACCUUCAAGCAGAACGAAAGUGGAGAGUACACGGAACAUCUUCACUCCGCCAGCUGCCAGAUCAAAGUAUUUAAGCCCAAGGGAGCCGACAGAAAACAGAAGACGGACCGAGAGAAGAUGGAGAAGAGAACUGCCCUGGAAAAGGAGAAAUACCAGCCGUCGUACGACACCACCAUCCUGACCGAGUGCUCUCCUUGGCCAGACUUGCCGUAUCCACCAAAUAACUCCUCCUCGAGUUACAGCGGCUCCCCAACCAGUUUCAGCAUCAUAGAUGGGAACUGUUCGCCGCCGCUGCCGCCGCCGGUGGAGCCCCCGCCUCCAAGGAAUGAUAAAGUUGCUGCUGGAUUUCAGAAUGAAGUUUGGAAUCAAGAUGAUAAAAGAAAGUAUCUCGUUCCCUCGGCGUCUAUCCUGGAUGUUCAGCAGUGGCUGCAACGCAAUCGCUUCCCGCAGUAUUGCCGGCUCUUUUCAAGUUUCUCAGGUGCUGAUUUAUUAAAGAUGUCCAGAGAGGAUUUUGUCCAGGUGUGCGGCCCCGCGGACGGCAUCCGGCUCUUUAAUGCAGUGAAGGGAAGGAACGUCAGACCCCGGCUCACCGUGUACGUGUGUCAGGAACCGGAUCAGAACAGAUCUCACCUCCAACACAAACGGGACGCUGGCGAUAACGCCAUGUGCGUUUACCACGCCAUAUAUCUGGAGGAGCUGACGGCUCUGGAGCUGAUGGAGAAGAUCGCGAACCUGUACUCCAUCUCGCCCCAGCAGAUCAAUCAGGUUUAUAGACAAGGACCGACUGGGAUCCACGUGGUGGUGAGCACUGAGAUGGUUCAGAAUUUUCAGGAUGAAUCCUGUUUUAUAAUAAACACUCUUAAAGCUGAAGGUAAUAGCGGAUACCACAUCAUCCUAAAAUGAAGACCCCCCCUCCCUGGACUUUGUGCAGCGGCGGACCACCACCUGCCUCCCCGCGACUAAACUUAGUAUUAAAGGGGCUGUGAACAAA